ACAGAAAAAAACCACCGCUAAAAAAAAACAUAAAAAAAAACAGCAAACUCUUCGCUGAGAAGGCAAUUCGAUAGUCCCAUGUCGCUCAUCACUGUCAAGAGCCGCUCGCCCUCCAUCAAGGGCUUUUCCGAGGAUUUGGUAUCUUUUUCUGUAUCUAGAAUCUAUGAGAAAGUAGCCGCCAAUAGCAAGUUGCCUGUAUCUCAGGUCAAACUUUCGGUAUUGGGCGCCGACGGCAAACACAAGCCCGUGGAUUCCGACUCCACUCUUACCGAGCAUUUUGAUGCACAGAGCUUGCUGGGCGAGGUUGUUUUGUAUGCCAAGGACUUGGGGCGCCAGAUCGCAUGGCAAACCGUGUUUCUCUUGGAGUAUUUGGGCCCGAUUUUGAUUCACCUGGUGGUGUACUUUGUGGCUGCCGUUUUGUUUGGUGUGGCGCAGAGCCAGACUCAGAAGUUGGCGCUUGUUUUGGCCGUCUUGCAUUUCGUGAAAAGAGAAUACGAGACGCUUUUCGUGCACCGGUUCUCCAACUCGACCAUGCCGUUGUUUAACUUGUUCAAGAACUCGGGCCACUACUGGAUUCUCUCGGGCGUCAACUUGUCGGUGUUCGUAUACUCGUAUAGCCCUACCAGCUUGGAGGCUGCGGGUCCCUUGGCAAGCUUCUUGUUCCAUGUGAACACGUGGCCCCAGCUGCUCAACUAUGCCUUGGUGGCUUUGUGGGUUUUUGCCGAGGUUUCGAAUUUCAUCACCCACGUGAAGUUGGCCGGCAUCAGAUCCACGGAUAAGAAGGCGUACGCGAUUCCCUACGGCUACGGCUUCGACUGGGUCGUGUGUCCCAACUACUUCUUCGAGUCUUUGUCGUGGCUCCUGUAUGCGCUUUUGGUUGGCAACUGGAGCGCCUGGUUGUUCCUUGUGAUCAGCAGCACUCAGAUGUACAUGUGGGCGCUCAAGAAGAAUAGACGGUACUUGUCCACUUUUGGUGACGAGUACAAGAAGUUGAAGCGGGCAAAAUUCAUCCCUUUCUUGGUUUAGAUUCAGUAGACGCCAGUUGCGGCGGCUGGUGCUAUCCGGGGCUUUUGACAAUUGCUGGAGAUAAUGUUUAGACGUAAAUAUGUGCAUUUAAUCGCUCGGACGAUGGGCACCCAUAGUUAUUUGCACUGCUAUUGUUCUGGAUGACGCGUUCGAAACGUUUUCACAGAAGUUUUUAGAUGCUAUUGUGCGUUAUGUUUAAUGUUGUAUAUGAGAACUAUUUUCCUGCUGUUUAUUCGGUAUUUUACGUUCCAGGCCCGAUUUUUUGCAUUGAAUAGCAGCUGAUUACAUUAUGGCAACAGAAGACCCAAGCUCUAUUGAUCUUCGGAAAACACUUUGUGUGAUCAGAGAGUGGUGUGUAGUUGGUUUUUUUUCGAGGGCUCCAAGUGGAGAAUAAGUUUCCUAUUUUUUCUUACUGAUACAUUGUAACAUGUUUUAUUCAGGAUGCAUUAGGGUUACAUAUCAG